AUGUCAUCAUCAUCACAAUCAUCCUUGUCUCUACCUGUACAUGACUGUACUGCUCCUUCAUUGAACUUUGAUCUUCAGGAAAAGUUUAUUCUUCUUCACACUGUUGAGUUAAACAGUAAAAACAUUGACAUUUGGAUGCAGGAGCUAAGUGAAAGAGAAAUCCAGAAUACUAAUCUCAGGAAAAAAAUACUUGAAAGGGAGAAACAGAUUAAAGAACUUUCAUCCAUGCUUCAGUGUGAAAAAAUCAAUACACAGAAAGUAGAUCACCUGUCAAGAUCAGUAAAGGAAGUACAAGCUUACCUGCAGUGUCAGAUUGAAAGAAAAGAAGCAGAAAAUGAUGAAUUAAAAUUGAAAAUACAGACUCUAGAAAAUAAAAUAGCAGAGUGGGAACAUCAAAUCGGUGAAUACAAGUACCAGAAGUUAGCCUUAAAGGAAACAACUGAGCAAAGGAAGAUUGCUCUGAAAAAAGCAAUAAGGUCCCAGAAACAAAGAGCUCAACACUUAGAAGAAUCCGUGAAAGAUGUAACUGCUAAAAUAAGAGACCAUGAAGUUAAACUGUGUGAGAUACUGUCAGCCUCUGAUGUCUGGAAAAACCAGUAUGAUAGAAUAGUUGAAGGAAAGACAAUGCUAAAAGUUCAAAUAGAAGAUCUUGAGAAUCAGAUCAGAGGCCUGAUGGAAGACAUGGAAAAAAGGGAGGAAUGGAGAAGAAACUCAGAAGAGGAAAUUCUUGGAAAGCUAAUUUCUGUUACCUCUGAAAAUGAAAAGAUUUACCUUGAAAACAGAAAAUUAAAGGCUUCCCUUGCUAUGUUGGAGAAAAGCACAGUGUCUGUUGAAUACGAGUUGCUACAUCUGCAAGAAAAAGCAAAGCUGCAGGAAAACCUUGUAGAACAGCGCAAAAAUGAGGUACAAAAAAGACAAAUUGCAGUAGAAGAAUUGAAAUCCAGAUAUGAAGCAGUCUUAAAUGAAAACAAAAAAAUAACAGAAAACAAAUGCUUAGAAUUAGAUAAGGUGAGGGACAAAACAGAGGCUGAGUUAAAGGAGUUAGAACAUGUUUAUGACUUGCUGAAAGCAGCUGAGGAAAACCAGCAAAAGCUUCUGUCCUGGGAAAGGAUCCGUGCACAGAAAUGCAAAACCCUUAGGGAGCUGGAGCUUCAGGAUAACCAUAGUGUAAUUUCUAUGGGCAAUCUUUGCUUAGAAGAGGAGAUCUGUAACAUUCAGAAGAUAUAUGAAGAUCUUCAAAGGCAAUUAGGUGAGGUGGAAUAUCAGAAUGAAGAACUUGCUUAUCAGCUCAGAAAAGAAGAUGAGAAUCUUCAGAGCAGUAAAUUGCAGCUUGAAGAGAAAAUUGCAGAAUAUAAUGCAUUAACCAGACAGCUUGAAUCUGCUUUGGAAGAAGGGAGAAAAAUGGUAGCUGAAGAACAGGAAAAAAUGUCAUACAAGGAAAAAGCCUUUCAGACAAAACUGCUACUUCUUGAAGCUGAAGUGAAAAAGAGGCAAGAAGAAAAAAAUCAACUCCUCUGCUUAUUUCACCAUAAUGAAAAGCACCAUGAAGUCCGUUUGAAAGAGCUGGAGAACAGCCUACAGAAGUCAGAGAACGAGAACCAGAGCAUCCAGAAUUAUGUGCAGUUUUUGAAAGAUGCAUAUGUAACAAUGUUUGGCUGAAUUCUUUAAUCUAUUUUAUGGUGAAGAAAUCUGUCAAGGUUGGGCUCCCAGUCUUGUUGGAGGUAAAGCCAUUGAGACCUUACACUAUUUUGCCAGUUUGAGUUCUAUAAUGUUAGUUCUUCCUUAGGCAAACUUCUGUUGUGGCAGGAGAAACAGCCAUUACUAUAUAUCCUAGUGGCUGGUCACACAUGGGGAAUGGAGCUGUUAUUCCUGGUAUAAACCAUUGUGUUAUCCAUGGCAGAGAAGUGCAAAGGCCAAGUGCAUGGCAGCAGCAGCAGGUGUGGAUGUGUGGUAUGCACACAAAAUUGGUCUGUGAAUGUCCUGGGCUGUAAAAUCUUACAUGAGUCCUUUUAGUCCAUGGUAAAUGCAGGUCAUCACAGAUUAUCUUUCAAUUCAAUGAUAUCUAACCUAUUAAAACAGGCAAAAAUGGAGAUCAUUAGGUUCUUCCCUUUCCCCCCAUGCAGUUUAGCACCAAUAUAGCCCACACUGCUGCACUGCAUGGGAGAGUUGCCACCACAGGGCUGUCCCAUCCAGCCAUUUUCCUCUACAUCUCAUUAUACUCAGGAAUAUACCAUGGUAAUAUUUAUAAGUAGGAAAACUUGUCAGAUACAGGUAUAGUUUAAGCUCUGAAUGUUCUUAUAUAUCCUGAUGACACAGCUCCAGUAAGAUUUUUAAGUAUUUGUUGGAAUUCAAGACUUGCUGUUCAGUAACACUGACUUGUGCUUCAGUUAAAACACGUGUAAAUAUUCAGCUGAUACAAAACUAAUACAAAAACAAAUUCUGGAUUUAGUUUCAGUUCUAUAUUCUAAUUAGUUUUGUAGAUAUAUGCUGUG